AUGUCUGCAAUCGCAAACCGACCCUACCCGCCGCAGUCACAGUCGCCGCAUUCACAACAGUAUUACGCCGCCCAGCCGCCCGCAUCGCCAGACUCGAGGAAGCCCUCGCGAAAUGGGAUCGUCGCACCAACAACACCCCAAGCUCACAACUCUCCCCAACCUGCAGCAGGCUCGGCCCUAAACUCCCCACGCGUCCCGUCCGCACCCUCGCCCUCGCAGCCAUCCCCCCAGAUGGCCACCGCCGUCACCACUACCGGCGCGCCCAUGCCUCCGCCGCGGACGUCCUCGCACCGCACUCCUGCCAGCCCCUCGACCCCCCGAGCUGCGCAAGAAGCGUCGCAGUCGCGCAGGAAAGGCAAGGACAGCCCGCAUCAGCAAGGGGGCGCUAGCAGGUCGCGGCCCUCUCCCUCGCAGCCGUCACACAGCCGCUCUGCCUCCGCUGUCGGCCAACCCCCGGCGGGCACGAACCUGCCCCGUGAAGAAAGCACCGUCAUCAAUAGAUUAGUGGUGGCAGACCCACAAGAAGACAUUGCCCGCGAGCAGGCAAGGCAAGCUGAAGCUAUACCCGCGACAUCUGGAGCAGGCAUUACGCCGAUAACUGGCCUUGGUCUGGUAGGCAGUGAAGGUGUUGAUGAUGGAGGUAGAGGCGCAGGAAGGAGUCGCCAGGACCACUCCACCAGCUCCGCGAAGCGCUCGCGGUUCGGCAACUACAUCCUAGGACAGACGCUCGGUGAGGGCGAAUUUGGCAAGGUAAAAAUGGGUUGGAAGAAGGACAGCAGUGUCGAAGUGGCCAUCAAGCUCAUCAGACGAGAAACCCUGGGCAGCAACGCAAACCGCUUGCAGAAGAUCUACCGCGAGAUCCAUAUUCUUCGCGGUCUCGAGCAUCCAAACAUCGUGCGCCUGCACGAGAUGGUAGAGACGGAGCGCCACAUCGGCAUCAUUUUAGAGUAUGCGUCUGGUGGAGAGCUAUUUGACUACAUCCUCAACCACAGAUAUCUUAAGGAUAACGCGGCGCGCAGACUGUUCGCGCAACUCAUCUCUGGUGUCGGCUACUUGCACAAGAGGGGCAUCGUCCACCGAGAUCUGAAGCUUGAGAACUUGCUCCUGGACCGCAAUAGGAAUAUCAUCAUCACGGAUUUCGGAUUUGCCAACACAUUUGAUCCCAACGACGAGCUUAGCGAGGACAUUGAGUUCAACCUAGGUAACAAGGACUACAUCAAGGCAAUGGGAUUGGAGGGUACUGAUGGAGCACGCCGAGGCGAUCUCAUGCAGACCAGCUGUGGUAGUCCGUGUUACGCAGCGCCUGAGCUGGUUGUCAGCGACUCGCUGUAUACUGGUCGAAAGGUGGACGUAUGGAGUUGCGGUGUCAUUUUGUACGCCAUGCUUGCCGGUUAUCUACCAUUUGAUGACGACCCAGCCAAUCCCGAGGGCGACAACAUCAACCUUUUAUACAAGUACAUCGUAUCUACCCCACUUACUUUUCCCGAGUAUGUUACGCCACAUGCUCGAGACCUUCUGAAACGCAUACUUGUACCCGACCCACGGAAACGUGCAGAUCUAUUCGAGGUUGCUAGGCACAGCUGGCUCAGCGAUUAUGCUCACGUAGUGAGCUUCAUCACCUCGAGCACGACCACCUCAAACGAUGUCCAAAAAGCUCCUACUGCAAACAAAGAUCCGCUCGAGGCGCCUCCAGCUCUCGCAAGAAGCGCUUCCGUACGCGAACCCGGGAAACCUCAUACAGCCGUCACUCCCGUCGGCGGUCUCACUGCCAAACGUGAUCAAAUUAAUUCUCAAACGUCCGAAAAGACCAAGAAGGACAACAAGCGCCGAACUGUGCAAGUCGAGUACGUGGCACCUCAUUCACAAACCACUCGUGGCGAAGCAUCACCGCCAACAGCUCCCGCAACAUCUUCAAAGUCACGUGUCAAAGACUCUGGGCCCACAGAGAUUCCCGCAACGGAUGGCUACAAUGCUCGUAGGUCAACCACUACCAACAAUAUGGCUGUUCCACCAAGACCAGGGCGUGAACCACAAAGAUCGGUCUCGGAUUAUACAGCGUUUGGUACAGUGCCUGCAACAUCUGCAACGCGUCCUUCAACAGGCGGAACACUGGGCGCAAAUUCACGCUUGCCUUCGCGAGGAAAUUCGUACAGCCAGCCCGCUACUGCGACUGUUGCUCAAACCAACGUGGAAGGGCGUUUCUCCCAGCCGAAGGGCAAACAGUACUCAAUAUCUGGACCGAUAACGCAGGGCGACGCGGGUAUGGGUCAGCCCAGCAUUGGACAGCCCAGCACACAACGAGUGCAAUCGUUACAAACCGAGCAUAAAGGACACAAGCGCUCGAACACGGUUAGUGAGACCCUGGGCAGGGUGACGUCGAUGUUUUCGAGCCGUCAGCCGUCCUAUUCGCAAGAUCCCAAAGGCUCAUUUAUCUCCCAAAACUCAAAUCACGGGCACGAGAACAAACCGCAGAAAUCAUAUCCACCCACUUCCAUGCCCGGACCUAUUGCUAACGAGGCGUUUCCCCGACAGAGUAAUGAAUCCAGUAGACGGACAUCGUUUGGGUUCUCACGAAAAAAUACGAAUGACUCCCACAAUACGGGCAAGUCGGGACGAAGAUUUUCUCUGUUGCCGAGCUCCUUGUCGAAAACCUUUAGCUCGGGGCACCGGGAGAGCAUGCCUGUGCAGCCGCAUUCGGAGCGCCGCGGUUCUGCAGUCGCAACGGGCAGACCAAGAGCUGGUUCUCGUCCAGGCGGCAUGGCCUUUGGGCGUGGGAACGAAUCCCGGUCUCCUAGUCAGAGCACCACGGGAAGUAACAUUCCAGGUUUUUAUGACGGGCCGCACGACAGCAAGCGUGCGGUUCCUGCAUCCGCUCCACCAAACCAGACUCAGUUCGACUAUGCUUCACCCGUUGGCGACGAUAAGUUUCCUGGUCCUCAAGAACAGCAUCCUGCCGCAAACCGACCGUAUCGUCAUCAUACAAAUGACUCAGAAGCAAGCGAGGGAGCUGCUAGAGGUCAAUACAGGCCGCAGUACCCGCCCGGUAUGGGCAGUGAUGGGCCGGAAGAAAGACAGAGGAAAGGCGUGCUGCAGAAAAGCAGGAAGUUCGCGGAUGCGUAUGAUGAGAGUGCAGGCAACAAGGGGUCGAGUGGAAGCUCGAAGCGAGUGAUGGACUUUUUCCGAAGAAUGGGCAGACAGCGGGGUAAGGAGGACCGGUGACGCAGUAGCGAGAAGUGAAGAGCUGAAUCUGGCUCUAUUCUUUGCGAACAUGAUUUGUCCUCGGGCAUGAUGCGGGCGCGUGUGCUUCGACGAAGAGCAGGUCCGCUACGGAUAAAGCAUACUGGUGCAGUGACAGUAUCUAUAUGGGAUACGUGAGGAAGC